CUCCAAGUCGCUGGCGCGGAUCGCUCACUCGUUCGCGCUUCAUUGCGCGGAGAAGACAUCUAGCUGCUGUCUUACGGGUUUCAUAUUGAGCCCCGGUAUUACUGACUCGCCUCAUUCUUAAGUCCAAGUCAAAGUUCGAGUAGGAGACCGAGAAAGGCAGCUAUAAUCGUACACGUGACGACGAACUGCCAUUUCAAUCUAGUCGUUCUUGUCACGGACUUCGUUGUUUAAUUUGGUUCUUUGUGGAAUUCCAAAUCUUCUAAACGAGAGAAUCCGGCAAGAAAUUUCAAAAUGAAGGGAGGCGCCGGCAAGAUGCUCUCGACAUUCCUGCACAAGCUGCGGCGUACCAAGGAGCCCGGCGCGGACCACAUGCAGACGUCGCUGAAGCGAUGUCUCACCACCUUCGACAUCACUCUCCUGGGCAUCGGCCACAUGAUGGGCUCGGGCAUCUACGUACUCACUCCUUCGGUGGCCAAAAACAUCGCGGGCCCGGCGCUCAUCGUCUCCUACAUUGUGGCCGGCAUCGCGUCCCUGCUCGCUGCCCUCGCGUACGCCGAGUUCGGCGUGCGCUUCCCGCGAGCCGGCUCGGCCUACUCGUACUCGUACUUUAGCGUUGGCGAGUUCUGGGCCUUCUUCGUCGGCUGGAACGUGGUCCUCGAGAACGUCAUCGGAAUCUCGGCCGUGGCUCGCGCAUGCAGCGCGUACAUAGACUCGCUCACGCACGGCGCCAUCAAAGGCGCCAUCAUGAACACGACCGGAGAGCUUCCCGGACCGUACCUGUCCCCGUACCCGGACUUCCUGGCGCUCGGCAUCAUCGUGGUGUACGUGGCGUUCAUGUCCGUGGGCGUUCAGGCCACCUCGUGGCUCAACAAUAUCCUCUGCUGCGUCAACAUCUUCGUGCUCUUCAUCAUCAUCGGCGUGGGCGGCUACUACGCGGACUUCGACAACUGGACCAACCCUGAGACCGGAGGGUUCGUGCCCUUCGGCGUCCACGGCAUCCUGGCAGCUUCGGCGGCCUGCUUCUUCGCCUACGUCGGCUUCGAUGCCAUCGCCGCUUCAGGCGAGGAGGCCAAGAACCCUCAGCGCUCGCUGCCCAUCGCCACGUUCAUCUCGAUGACCGUGGUCACGGUGCUGUACGUGGCCGUUUCCGCGGUGCUCACGCUCAUGGUCAACUACAAGGACAUCGUUCCGGACUCUGGUCUGCCGGACGCCCUGGAAGCAAAAGGAGCAAUCUGGGCUAAGAUCGUCGUGAUCAUCGGAGCCCUGUGCGGAAUGUCCACGGUGCUGAUAGGUACGCUGUACGCUCUCACCCGGAUAGCGUACGCAAUGGCCGACGACGGUCUCAUCAUGCACAUGUUCGGCACGGUCAACAAGCGCACCAAGAUCCCACUCAUCGCCAUGUACGUGUUCUCUGCGCUGGCCGCCCUACUAGCCGUCAUCCUUGACAUCGAGACCCUGGUGGAGAUGAUGUCCAUCGGCACGCUGUUCGCCUACCUCGUCGUCAGCGGUGGCAUCAUUAUCUUCCGCUACAGGGAGCCGGCCAAGAAGGAGGUCUUGGAGAUGGGUUCGCUCACCGAGAAGCCAGCGAACGGUUCUUCGGGUAGCCCGGCUUGUAACGGAACCUCCAGCACCGCCUACAACCGACUACUGCCCCGGUUCCAGUUCAUGUCCUCCGUGCUGGGCAGCGUGCCCACAGACCUGAUAAUCUCCCUCAGCGUGUGCGGCAUCGUGGUUGUGACGCUGGUGUUGGGCUUCUACGCCCAGAGCCUGUGGGCUGAGAUCUCAGCCGGUGUCUGGUGGGCGGUGCUCGUGCUCGUGGUACUCGUGCUCGUCCUCUUGGUCCUGUGCUUCCUCAUCUCCAUUCACAAGCAGGUCGUCACCGAGCAGCGGUACAAGAUGCCGUUCGUGCCCUUCCUCCCCAUCUUGAGCAUCGUGGUCAACACCAUUUUGCUGACAACCCUGCAUGGACUUACCUGGCUUCGUCUUCUCGUCUGGGUAGCAAUAGGUCUUACGGGUUAUUUCAUCUACGGUACCCAGCACAGCAAGCUCAACAAGCCGCAACAAGACCAGUGUUACAACCACGCCGUCGAUGGCUCGGCAACCAACGGAAAGUCUCAGCAGCAGACUUCGGGCAACAGCCACCUCUGAGCAACGAGAGGUGGGGCUCGUUCGGACCCGCCCGGUUCCGACGUGACGUUGAUCGGUCGACGCUGGCGAGGCUGGCGAGGUUUAAGUCACUGGCGAAGCUGACGUCACUGUGACACUGAAAUCACUGGGUCGAGCGCGACGAAACGCAGCAGUCUGCACCAAACCACGAAAGCCGGCACUGCCGUGCGAACGUCUUCUUCCGGAAUGGGCAGACGGGUGAUGAUGACCUUGUUACAAUUGCGCGUGCGUCGAACGAGUGAAUGUGAAUGAGGUGCUUGACGUCGUCUUCGUAACCGUGGCAACAGGAACAGCAACGGUAUAGACGACGGAACAGGAACCUCACGUUGUCGAGACGUAUUGCGGAUCGACUCUCAUCUGUACAUAGAAUCUUCACGAAUGUUUUUCUCCGGACAGUUCCGAAACGGUGCUUCUGUCCCCGUGAUCUUGUGGUGUUGGGGGCUACUAGAAGUCUUCUAACGGUGCUGUCCCUCGGUACAACAGUGCAGAAGCAUUCGUGUGUAUCCGGUGGAUAGACGGAGCCCUUCACCGCUCAGUGCUAUCGCGGGAGAUCUCGUGUCAUGGACGCAGGCAGCUGACUUUGCCACUGGAACAAGAACCACCUUCACCCAAACCUUCACGCAUUAUUUUUCUGUUUUUGUUUCCCCGUUUUUGUUCUCUAGCCCUACGUCAAACGUAACGAUGUGUUGACCAAAGCAGGACUGUUUCUGUUGCCCAACAUAACGCGGGAAAAAGAAAGUAUCUUUUUUUUCUUACGUUUUUCAGGUCCGUCUUGAACCUGCCACGUGCGAAACACGAGAAUCCAAUUUGUUGUGCAGGUUCAUGUUAGAUGCGCAUUUAGUUGCAGUGUUUCGUUUUAUUUAGAAAUUUGCCACCGCGAUUCUUUGCCGCUUAUACGUUGUAAUGGCGAGCCGAAAGAUCAAAUCAUGAGCAUACAAAGCGAGGGUGAUACUAAGCCACCUAUUUCGCGCUUAAUAUCUACUGGUCACCGCAUAACGUUUCCAUUGAUCUGCCGUUUUAUGUAUGCAUUUUCGUGGUGUAAUUUUUAAAUUUCUCGGGAGUGCCAUUUGUACCCCAAAAAACAUUCGCUCGAUUGUUCUGUCAACUUAUAUCCCUGAGCCAGAAACUUUUCUUUGGGCUCUACCUUCAAAAUAUGAAGAAAGAAAUAUCAAAUCUUCGCGGGGAUGUAGGUGUAAAAUAUUUGUACCUGAAUUGAGGUCUAGUUCUUCGUAAAUUGUUUCGCCUGUUUAUUUUUCGUGCGAGCUUUUGUCGACGUGUCUACGCGUUGAUAUAGAUGGCUGUUUUUUUUUCCUAUUUCGUAAUUAAUAUAUUUCUUUGGUACUCUGAUAUGCACUGUAAAUACCUUGCAGAUAUAACUAUUUAUACAUCUUAGCUUCCUUAAAGAGCCGUUAUCGGAUGCUUUGCUUUUAACUACCUUGUUUUAACAUGUUCGCGAAGCUUUUGAAACGUUUUUACGUUAGAUUGAAACAAUCCAGUGUUCGUCGUGAAACUUAGAAACCACAAAAAUCAGCUUUGCAGGGUCAUAUUUGAAUUUAAAUACCUCUUCUUAAUAGCGUGUUUUUUUAGUUGUUGCUAGUACGUAUUAGCCACGUUUGGUGAUAUUUAUGCCGGCACUGAGGGUAUAGAUAUGUACAUAAAAAAAUGACAUUCAUGUUUCAUUUAGAUAGAGCCAUGAAAGUGCUCAUACACACACACACAUAUAUAUAUAU